CAUCACUACGACACUCCACUGAGCAACACUACUACUACUACUAUUAUUACUACUACUACUACUACUACACAAACUAAACACUUCCUCCCUCUCUAUAAAAUGUCCGGCCGCUCUUCCGCACCGCUUACGGCCGCGGCGCUGCUGCUGGGCGUGCUGCUGCUGGCAGCGCCGGCGGCGGAGGCGCUGACGUGCGGGCAGGUGGUGUCGUUCAUCUCGCAGUGCCUGCAGUACGCGCGAGGCCCGGGCACCAGCCCGCCGCCCGCGGCCUGCUGCAGCGGCGUGAAAGGGCUGAACAACGCCGCGCAGUCGACGCCCGACCGGCAGACCGCCUGCAACUGCCUGAAGAAAGCCGCCGGAACGGUCACCGGGCUGAAGGCCGGCCUCGUCGCCGGCAUCCCCCAACAGUGCGGGGUCAACGUCCCCUACGCCAUCAGCACCUCCACCGACUGCUCUAAGGUGCGCUAAGUUUAAAGCAAGGGGGAGGUGGUCAUGAGUUAGGAGGAGUAACUAAGAAUAAUAAGGUGGAGAGAGCUCUUUUGGAACACCUUUGAUGCGUGUCACGUUGUGUUCAUGGGCUCCUAAAUUAUCCAACUUUUUUAUAUCCAUGCAUGUGUCAAUGUUUGUCUCUCUUUCCUCAAGCUAUACAUCCUUAGUGGGCUUGGGUUUUGUAGCACUUGUUUCCUGUUUAUGAUGUGAUCAAAGACAUGUUCUACUUAUUUGAAUGGUUUACAUCUAGUCUAUA